AUGGAAGUACCACGUUACUCCGAGCACAACUACAUGGGAAAUCUCCCAAUGGAUGGGGGCACCCAUAUUAAUUCAUCGUAUAGGGAAAGUGCCAAAUGCGACCCGGCAUUUGAAAGCGCGAUGGGUGAAGUUGCCUGGGGAGGUGCUUUCCAAAAGAUGAAGCUGGUUGGAAGCCCACCCAAAAGGGAACAUCUCGAAAUAGCGCACAUUUCGGCUCUUCAAACGGAGAAGAAGCAGAAUGAACGUUUAAACGAGACAAAUAAUGAGAUGAGAAGAGACAUACCCUAUAAUCGAAGUUAUCAUUUCCCCAACACUCCUCAGUACUACCACUACCGUAGAGACUUAGAGAUGGCUCAUGAAAAAGAGGCAACACAAACUGUUAAAGACAUGCAUCAAACGUUUUUGUUCUCGAACCAGGGCAUUUACUCAGGCAAGUUGCCCCAAAAAGAUCAAUCAGGAUGGAGCCCAAAUGGUCCAAUCGGCACAACGAACAAAUAUGAAGCUAGCUCUCAAAUGAACCCAAUGCAAAAAUUGAGCAAAAAGUGUUUAAUCGAUAACUGUCCAAAGGAUGAACCUUCGGACUGUGAAAAAAAUACAGAAUACAAUUCGGCACAAAAUAUUUUAAGCGCAUUUGAAAACAGUGUAUAUAUCGAUUCGGAGCAGACCUUGCCAUUAGAGGAUACUAAUAGCGACGCGUACUUCACCAAAGAAGCGUUAAAUAGUAUGAGCACUAUAAGCUAUCAUCACUACGAUUAUCCUCCAAAGGGGGAGAACCCUGGACUAGUAAAUAGUGGUACGCACAUUUUUUGCGACAAAAAGGAUCCGCUCACCCAUGAUAAAGAAAAAAUACAGAACGCUGCAAGCAUUUGGGGUCACACAAUUUGGAAAGAGCAGCCACGAGAUGAAAAGACUACUUAUUACAAUUACGAACUGAAGGGGGAAGCUGAAAUGUAUGAUGCUUUGAAGGGAUAUCAAAAUAACGAGCCCAAUAUGACAAGCGUAAAUAUAAAAACAGAUGUGAAGAAACACCAUCCUGUUAAUAGCAGCUUAGCAGAUUGCCCAAACGGUGACUUGCUAUACGUGAAUAAGGCAACCAUGGGAAGCGCAAAUAUUAACAAAGAUUUUCAUUACCCUUUAAACGAUUCUGUUUUGUCAAAUGGACAUGUGGUCCAUGAUGAGGAUUCUCAGAAAUUGGCCUCCAUCUCGAACAAAAUUAUGACGCAUAAUUCGGCAGGGAACGAAGAAGAAGCUAAGAACGGUGCGUUUAUGACACUCGGAGCGUAUACCCCGAUAGACCAUUUUAAAAAGGCAAAAGAGGUCCAUCCCAACGGCUUCAUUGGUGCAAAUUACAACACGUGUGCCAUGUCCAGAUCGAACUUGUGCGACGAUCCUGCUGAUCUGAUUUAUGACAAGACAUGUUACUAUAACAAUCAGGUGAAUGGAACCUUUCCCAAUGGUGGACCAAAUGCAUACGAACUGAGACAAAGUAAAAGCUGCGUUCUUCAUGUUGACAGCUCGUGGAACGCCGACACGCCCUCCUGCAAAAAUGGCUCGUCACACGAGAUGGGAUCUCCUAGUAUAACCACUCUGCCAGACCAACACACUCCCCCCAAGACAGCCAUCUUUAAUGGAGAAGACGAACAGAAUAUGAGCCCAACUAGGUUUACUCAAAAAACGAACCACGCACGUGGAAUUUUCGAAGGCAGCCCCCAACACACGAGCGGGAAGAAUUACCUUAGCACAUUUGUACAAAAUGACUACGAACUGGAUGAAAUAAAAAGCUGCAUUCCAGAACAUAUUUUAUAUGGCAACCAAAAUUAUGAUGUGCCCCAAAUUAUUCAAGGGAUAACAACAAAACAGAAUAACGGAAUUGUGUCCGAGUGUAAUCAAGACACCAUCAUCGAAUAUAAUGACAAGUGGCGAUUAGUGAAGGGAAAGCAAUUCGCCAUAAACCAGAUGGAUAAUUUUAAAUCAGUGGAAGAUUCGGCAACGUAUUUUCAAAAAUAUUUAACUGAACAGAACGAAAAUACAAAAAGGAUGCUUAAGAGAAUUAAUUUUAAUUCUUUGACUGGAAAAUUUAGCAUAAAUUCUUUGGGUGAUAAUGAUGGUGACAAUGUAAGGCAGCUCAGCAAAGUGUAUGAUUAUAAAGAUACGCUGCGCUCCUAUCCCGCCUACUAUGGCAUAUCCCAACAUGAGCACUCUGGCACAAAGGAAGCUUUAAAAUGUGUGGAGGAAAAAGGCAGGGGAAUUUUCCAAAAUGAUCAUCCUAGUGAUUGUAAAAAUGUGCAUGAACAAAUGCUUCGGAAGAAAAAAUCGGUUGGGAAAAAACCAAACCUUGCCUUAUGUGGUGCUGGUGGUGGUUAUUAUCAGCUAAAGAACCAAAUUCAAGAUUUUGUGUCCCAAAAAAUGAGCGAUUAUUUUAACGUAAAUUUUGUGUAA